AAAGAAGUUGAUCCAUCGAGGCGCCAUUAUAGUAGCCAUAUUAUUGUGAGAACUCCAAUUCCACGAUGGACGAACGAUAAUUAUUGAGAUUUUGUCUUAGGAUUUAAUUAUAUAAUUCACUUGGAUAUAAUUUAGGUUCAAAAUAAUAUGGAGUGACUAUGAGUCACCCAAAUCCGUCUGGAAACGGCUGUUCCUUGGAGGAUUGCCUCACAAAUCUAUUUGCUUUGACUGAUUUGUGUGGCAUAAAGUGGCGUCGCUUGACCUCAGAACCUACAAACUAUGAGCUUUUGGAUGAUCCAGUUUUAGUAGGGUUUUCCCGCUGUAUUAAGAAUGACAUACUGUGUGUUUGGCGCAGAGUGCAGCGGGAUCCAGAGCAGCGCCAGCCGGAUUUCAACAGUUGCAAAGAGUUGUGGAUUUUUUGGUAUGGGGAGGAGCCUGAAUCUCUAAGACAGGCUACAUCUGAUUUAUGCCUGAAAGAACUUGAAAGUGGAACAUGGGAUAGAGAUAAAGAUAAGGAUAAUGGUCUCACUUAUGAAUGCAGAACAUUAUUGUUCAAAGCACUUCACAAUCUUAUUGAAAGGAGCCUGCUGUCAAAGAACUUUGUUAGACUGGGGAGAUGGUAUGUCUUACCAUAUGAGCAUGGGUGCAAUGAUACUGGUGUGCACCUGAGCUUUUGUUUCCACUACUUUUUGCACGGUGAGAGUCAAGUCUGUGCGAGUAUUGAGGUCAAGCUGCGUCCUCCUGUGUGGCGGCUGACAAACCAACACAUUGCUUUGGUACAGGAUAACCAAGCCAGCAUCCAAGUGAUCUUGGCCCCACAUGGCCUGAGUGGAAUACUGACUGGUGUUACCUAUUCUGACAUUGACCACAACCAAACCUCUUCUAAGAUUUUUGCUGACUGGGCAAAUUACUACCCCAUCAAAGAUAACUCUAAAGAUGAGUUUGUUGGCAACAGUACUAAUAAAUUGCCUAAUAUGGUGGAAGUCAUUGUUGGUGGUACCAGACUGCGCUAUCCAACAUGCUAUGUUUUGGUCUGUGACAAUGAGGAACUCAAUGGCAGCAACAGUGUCCUCCAGCCCAUGCAGACUUCACUUCUUCCAGGUCCCAACAGCAGAAACCUUGCACGCUCCAUGUCCCAGUUCUCUCCACCCUCCUCACCUGGUGACCCAGGAAUGGGGAUAGAUCACCAUGGCAUGAAGAUAGCACCACUGUGUGCAGUGCCCGGUCAGCCUGAUAGCCUGCCGUUCAUUAGUGACAGUAAAGCUGAGGCUUUGGGUUACCAGUUAGCUGAGAAAGUCAGACAAGAUGCCUGUCUCAACAUCGCUCUUAACAAAAGGUUGUCAGAUGUAGCAAACACAGAUGAUCAGUCAACCCAGCAACAGUCCCCUGUGGGUGUGUGGAAUUUCUCUGAUCCUGCCGGCAAAGUGCACUGCAAUUGUGUCAAACACCGUAAAAAAGCUCAGGGUAAGGGGGCACUUGGGGGAAAGCAUGGGAAAGGAGACAAGAAUGAAAAGCUAGACCGCCAACUCAGCAGAUUGAGUCGAAACCCUAUUCCAUUUCACCGGCGUGGCCAUCAUGUGGAUGACUUACUUCAGUUUGAUGUUGAGAGGAUGAUGACCCAGCCCAUGCACCAGCCGAACCCAGCAUUCUCCUCUACUGGGGCUACCACAAUCACCAGUAGCAGCAGUAGCAACACUACCCCUCAGGGUAGGAGUAGCACACCCAUGCAUGACACUGUCAUGCCGAUGGACACGCCCAACUCAGCACCAUCUCCACUUGAUGAACCACAACCACCAGCAUCGUCGUCUAUGGACCCCACCAUGCCCACCCUAAGCCCACACCCACCGAGUAAAUUUUUGACUGAUGGUAGCAGUGGUAGGUCAGGGAGUGCUGUGGCAGGUGGGAUUGGCGGCGGGGGGAGUGGUGCUGCCACAGACUUGCAUGCAGCCGCCCUGGCUGCUGGUGGUGGUAUCACCAACGGCGGAACCACUGUUGCAAACUGCAGCAAUAACGGUAAUAAUUCCACUGGUAACCCUGGGAUCCUUGGCAGCAAUUUAUCAGUGGCAGUGACAGGUAGUGUUAAUAAUCUAUUGAACAGUGUAAAUAUUGCAAAUAACCUUGUGAAUACUUCAUUGGACAUUACAAACAAAAUGGAGGACCCAGCGGCAGCAGGUAAAAUUGGAACUGCUCCGUCUGUAAAUACCGCCUCGGCCGACCCGCAGCAAUUUUCUUGGAGUUCUGUUACCUCUAAAACAGAAAGCAUCAGUCACUGGGUGAACUCACACCACCAAAGACCUAACCCUGACAAACAGCAUGAAAGGUUAAUAGACACUAAUUUAAAACGCCCUUCAUUACCAACUAAAGGUUCUGAUAGUGACACAGAGCAGGGUAUGGAUUCACUCUAUGAUUUUGAAUGGAUAAAUAUGUGGAUACACCUACCACUGAAGAAAGGUCGGUUUGAGUCUCUGGGUGACAGCAUAUCUGGGGAUCUGGGUGCCCAUUCUUCGAACUUCUCAUCACAUUCUCGCUCCAUUCCUAUGGUGCAAAGUCCAUCUCAACCUGACCCAGAUCCUUAUGAAUUUUCUGAUGAGGCUUCUAAAGAUCCAAAAACACUAACAACAAGAUCCAGGCCUAGUAGAGAUGAGAGGCCCUCACCUCUUGGUAAAAUGGAGGAUGAGUCUCGAGCAUCACCACGUCAGGGUACUGAUGUGUCAGUGAAAGAUGAACCAGCCAAUGGUGAGCAAGAGAUGGGUCACAUAACUUCCCCCUUAACACCAGGUGGCAGCCUGACUAGAGAGCGGGACAUCAGAGUUGUUGGAGCUGAUCAGGACCUUCUACAGAUCUUUCAGUCUGACUCCUCAGAGGAGGAUGAUGAUGGCGGGGCCCAUGACUCUGGUGUUGGCAGUAAAUCAACAGAUGAUCUGAAGCCUCUUAAAAUGAAUAAUGGCACACUAGGCAUUAUUCCUCCUCUAGACCUUGGACGUAUGUAUCCCACACCCCCUUCACAUGAAACCAACAAAUCUCAUUCUCCUGAGACCAUGACAGAUGUCACCAAUGAAGGCAUUCUCACUAGUGGACCCAUUGGAACAUUUCAUUCUUCAUUAGAGAGCACAGCUCCAUCAGUAAUUGACCCUGUUACCAAUAUUAAAUGUGAUGUGUUUGUCCCACCCAUAGCUGCAGAGACCAUUGGUGCUAGCAAAUACUCAGCAGUAGAUUUACCUAGCGGUCGAUCUUCUCCGUUACCCAAUAUACCUGAAUACAAGUCCAGUUGGAGUUUUCCCACACCUCUCCUGGACUCACAGCAUUCCCAGAGAACGCACUAUGUUAAUUUGCCCAGCGUUGAGAAUAUUUCAUCUAUACGAACUGUUGGUUCUGGAGCGGGUAUUGAUGCCAGUCCAGCAAUAUAUAGCAAUAGUCAGCAGCGUACACCAUUAAGUUAUGAACUCACUUCACCAGCAUCAAACUCCUCUUCCUACCUCAACAAAACUAACAAUUCCAUUGACAAUCAUGGCACCAAUAGUCAGCUACCUGAGGCUCAUAGUUUAUUACUGAAUGUUCUGUUAUGUGAUUCUAUAUUAAACCUCUUCAAAGAUCACAACUUUGACAGCUGUACUAUAUGUGUCUGUAAUGCUGAUAUCAAUGGCAGUGAUGUUAGUGUUUAUCUCCCUGAUACAAGUAAAGGAUCCUCGUCAGGCUUCAAAUGCAGUUGUGCUUUUAGUGCUGCUGUGAACCGGAGAUUUGGCUACAAUUCAGGACUGUUUUAUGAAGAUGAGGUUGAAAUCACUGGUUUCCGGCAUGAACUCUUUGAUCAUCGAAAAGCUCCCCUUGUACAGGUGGAUUUGCCAAAAAAUAAUGGUGAUAGCUCAUCAAAGUCAGAAGAUAUUACUCCUCAGGUGAUGAAUCAACUCCUUGGGCAAUAUGCAUCACCAUUCAUAUCAUGUAUAGGCAGCCACCACAUAAACCUUCUACAGAUGUCAACAGAUAUGUCUUAUCAGCCUUGUACUGUAGAUAUACUACAAAUUAGAGAUGCUAAUGAUGUUGUGAGUCAAGCAAUAGAAGUGGCCAAACAGGCUAUGGACAACUGUUCUGGUAGAUAUGAAGACCAUCUCCUCAAGAUAAAUUACAUGCAUAAGUGGCCUUACUUAAGAGGACCAGGGUGUGUUCCUCACAACACACAAGACACUAUACAAUGUCUCAAGUCUUUGCAUCCAAUACUUCAAACUGCAAUUCAGAAUAAAAGAGUCACAAGAUUGUGGGAAAACACAUACACACUUCAAGGACCCAUCAGCUGGAAAGAUUUCCAUGAUUUGGCUGGAAGAGGAACUGAAGAAAACCAUGAACCACAACCCAUUCCACAUUUCCUGGUUGGUCAUGAUAGAGAUUGGCUAACAGUUUCACCUUACAGUAUACGUUAUUGGGACAAGCAAUUCCUGGAGCCUUAUGGGCGUAUGCGUGAUGUCCUGUACGUUGUCGUGGCACCAGACAAUGACUUCAUUUUGCAACAUGUUGUGGCAUUUUUCAAAGAGUUGAGCACUGUGUAUGAAAUGUGUAGGCUGGGGAGACACUGUGCUAUAAAUAAACCCUUGCGUGAGGGUGUCUUGAGGGUUGGAAAACAAGCUGCAGCUAGGCUUAUUGAUGAGCCAGUGGAAGACUGGUUUAAUUUUUUAGGAGAAUCAAGUAUAGCAUCCAAAUUGAAGCUUUAUGCUCAAGUUUGUAAACAUAACUUAGGACCAAUCCUAUCGCAGCCAAACUUGGACAAAUCCAUGUUUGAUCAAGGUUCUGGUAAUGCACAUAAAGCCCAGUUCAAAAUGCCAGAACCUGCAUCUAAUUCUGCCCGGCCUGCCACCCCAGACAAUCUACAAAAUUCUAACUCAUCAGGGCAGGGUCAAGGCAUUGAUGAUGGGAAAGAUGGUAAUGCAGAGGGUAAUGGACAACAGAAAGAUGGCCAGCAUGAAAGUGGCGAUGGCAGCAAUGAGGACAACAAUCCUGAUGCCCCUGGCAUUGUGGUGUACAUUGUAGAUCCAUUUUCAUAUGGGCAGGACAGUGAAACAAUAUCCAGGCUGGCUAUGAUUGGGUUGCUGCGCUGUUAUCAGCAGAUGGCAUUACCAGAGAACCUGGCCAACAAUCUAAGUCUGCAGUUGGUACCUCUUCGCACAAUACUGGAACACAAAGACAGUGCCAACAAGCUUCAGACACUCAAGUCUGUAGCGUUUUCUGUCUUCACCUCAUGCAAGUGGAACCUGGGUCACAGUAUCAUGGGUCGUUCUUUGACUGGGUUUGGACCCGCUGCUGCAGCUGAACAGUAUCUGAAACGCAAAGGGCCUGAAAAUUUCAAGCUGUACAGUCCACCCUACAUACUUGCUUCAACUAAAAGCCGACAAAACCAAAUUAUGGAGGCCAAAAGUGAUCAACAAAGCAUUGUUUUCUGUGGCUAUUGUCUGUCUGAGGACCAACGAUGGUUGCUGGCUGUGUGUACAGAUGAGAAAGGAGAACUUAUGGAACAUUGCACUAUCAAUAUUGAAAUACCCAACAGAAAUCGCAGAAAGAAAGCUUCGGCAAGAAGACCAGGACUGCAGAAACUCUGGGACUUUAUCCUGGGUGUUGUGUCUCUGACAUGUUAUCCCACUAGGCUGGUUAUUGGAAGAUUUGGACGUAUGGGACAUGGAGAAUUAAAAGGAUGGUCUGGGCUGUUGAGUAAAAAGAAUCUACACAGCGCAUCCCGUCGCUUGAAAGAUAUGUGUGGGCAGUGUUCAGUGAUGGGACCUUCUGAAGUUCCCUGUGUUCUUAGUGUCUGUCUAACAUCUAUUGAAACACAUCCCAGUUUCCAAGUGGUAGCAGAUGCCAUGAAACAGGAAGAAAAACAGAGCAGCAGCAUUCCACUCCAGACACCCAGAGAUGCUAGUGUCACACACAUUUUGGUCUUCCCUACAUCAGCUACAGCCCAGGUAAACGCCAACCCCCUCCAGCAAGACCCCCAGAAUGAUCUCACAGCACAUUUUGAACUGGAUGAUGUUUUCUCUGACAUCAACAACAUGGGGGAGGAGAUAAACCUGUUUGAGAUAGGUCUCUUUGACAACUUUGACAAUGCUAACACCUCCCCACCCGUCUCACCAAUCAGCAAUGCACAGCGACAGAACUCACGCAACAAUGGACCUUCAGCUAACAUGGCAGAGAUCCAGGCUGACCCACAGGAUGACUUCAACCUGCUCCAGCAGCCACUAGCCAUGGGCUACUACAUUUCAACAGCUCCGCCAGGGCCAUUACCCAAGUGGUUCUGGUCUGCCUGCCCUGAAAAUGAAUUUGUUAGUCCACAUGUCUUCAAGUCUGCCCUGCACAUUCAUGAGUCAUCUCGCCAUGAUGAGUUCCUUCACAAGUCAGACAACAGAAGUAAACCACACGCUCUAGAUUCACACAUGACUUGUGAUGUACUCAGGUAUGUCUUGGAGAACUACAACUCUCUGUCCUGGCUGACAUUUGACCCAGUGCUCAACGAUCGCCGAUCUUGCCUGCCAGUUCACUUUGUGGUGCUGAUGCAGCUGUACCAUGCCCUCCACACAUUUGUCUAACAGAUCUGCAUGUCGUUGUAGCAUGACCCACCUGUGUCCAUCCACCGACUCCCUGAUACCUGGAGUUGGGUGCAACAAUCACACCAAAAAGACUUGUCUUGUUAUUUAUAUAUAUUUGAUACUAAGAAUGCCUGGAUGAUAUGUGAGAAAGUGUAGCAAUAUCUUGUUGAUGUAGAGCUGUUUGAUCCAAUAGCUAAACACUAAAUAUAUUUGAAAUAUAGUAUAUUUCACUCGAGUUUAUUUUAUGAAAAAUCAAUGGAUUGAAAAGUAAUUUUGUAUAUCGCCUGGGUAUAUAUGCUUGGCACAUUAAUAAUAGAAAGCUUAAUAUAAAGAUUAUUUAAGGUCUAUUAUACCAUCCAAUACAGUAAUACAAUGAUGGCAGCUAUAUUGAACUUUGUUUUUAAUUACAGGCAGUUUCAUUUUCUUUAAAGGAUUUGAAAUUUUUAUCCCAACUAUUUAAAUAUGUAAAUGUUUUGUUUAGAAAGAUUUAUCCCUAAAGUGGUUAUUAAAAAUUGUAAUAUUGUCUUAGGAAGGACAGGUUAGGUGUAGUUCCUACAUUACUUGAGCUACCAGCUAUGUUUUAAAAUCAAAUUUCAUGUCACUUGUUUAAAUUAUUUUUUCCUAUUUGUGUUCAUUCAUUUGAUGUAACUUUACUAGCUUAUGUGUUCUCUUUCUGUGAAAGGGAGCCUACUUUAGGAGCAUAUUGUCAACAGAAUAAACAUGUAGUUUAGGUAGAUUAUAUUUUUAAAUACGUCCAGUACACACAAAUACAUAUUAGUUACGGAAAGUUUUUUUUUUACGUGUAAUAAAACAAUUGUUAGUUUGGCUGUUAGAAGAGAGUGAUAAUAGUGACCGUAAUUAAAAGGUUUGCUGCAUGUAAUUAAACAAUUGUUAGUUUGACUGUUAGAAGGUGACAGUAAUCGAAAGGUUUGCUAUAUGUAAUGAAACAAUUUAACUGCUAGGUGACAGUAAUUGAAAGGUACAUGUAAUGAAACAGUUGUUAGUUUGACUGCUAGAAGGUGAUGGUGACAUAAGAAAUGGCAGUACUUAACUUCUCUUGUGAUAACUAGCUGCUCUGUUGUUGGCUUGACAAUGAACAAGAUUGAGACAUGUUUUUUUUUUAUACCCCCAGCAAGAUGGCAUCUUGGCAAGUUUCCCUUUGUUUAUGAUCACCACCUACACAAAUUGUUGCUUGUCUGCCAGUUGUAUGUAGUGUUGGACUGGUCAGUUUGAUGUUCAUGUGAUAGAUUUGUUUGGUUAUUUACCAUACUAUAUAUAGACAUUACAGUGUUAGUCAGUGGGAAAAAAAAUCUAUAUAUAUUUAUAUAUAUAUAUAAACCAUUACUGCCUUGCACCAUUAAAUGUUUUUGUCUGGAUUAUAUCAAUAAAGUUUGUAUUUUAAAAAAAAUUUUAACUGAUCUGAACAUGACAUGGCAUAAAAGGUAUUUUUAAACUCUCAAUGCAUUAGUCUGUACAUUGAAAUACUAAGCUGGAAACAAUAAUUGUGUAAUAAAAAAUUUUUUUUUACCAAAGAAAUGUUUUUGAUGUCUCUGUAUUGGGACUUGUGUUGACACAUAGGUGAAACCAGUUGUCUAUGAAAACUAUUGCAACAAACUGAUGUAUAUUUUGUAUUAGUUUUGUACCGUUUCAAUUUUUAAAAAAUUCAACUCUAUAUGUGCUCUCAUGUUGUUUUUUUCCCCCCUCUUGUAUAUGAACAUGCCCUAAAGUAGCAAAUAGAUGGUCUCUGUACAGCUAGUCAAAUAUGGGGUGUCUGUGUACAUACACACCUGAUAAUUCCUCACCUGGUUUACAACUGUCUGCUCUAUUUCAUUUCAAAAUGUUUAUACAUACAUAUAUAUAUACAUAUAGAAUACCAGAAUUACUGCAUCAGUUGUUUUUUUUUUUAAUUUUCCAAAUGUUUUUUUAAUUAAUCCAUUGUAUUUUAUGCUUUGAGAUGACUGCUAUCAUGCAUGUAGUUGACAUUGUUUCAAAGAUGAUUUCUCAUGACUGUUAUGUCUGUAUAAAUAUUUAUGUUCAAGAUGAUUUCCUAUGACUGCUACAAAUGUCUGUACAAAUAUUUAUAGUGGUGAACAAAACCUAUGCCCUGCAACUCUCCUGUAAGAGAUUUUUUUUUUUUAUAUCCUGAGGUUCCAGUAGAAUUCAUUUGCUAAACUUGUACUAGAUGGUAAAACAAUUGGAAUAGAAAUCUAAGUUGUUGUGCAUAUUUAUGUCAUGAAACUAUAAAUUGAAUAAAGUUAUUUUUAAAAAAAAAUAAUGAACCUCUGAGAGCUAGAUUAUUUAGAUGUGGUUUAAUUGUACCCUAUAAAAGCUAAAGUAAAUCUGCUUUUUGAAGUGGGUGACACUGGGUUGUGAAAAAAACUCACUUCCGUUGUUAAUUUCUUGACUGGUGAGUAAAGUGUAGUAUCUUUCCAUUGCAUUUAUUAUGACACCAUUUCAUUGUAUGAUUAUUAUUUUUUUGUAAUACAUAUUUUUAAUAAUUGUAAAGACACUGGAUAUUGUCCUUCAAGUAUUAUCAGAAAAUAAAAAAUUCUGAUUUUUUUUCUCUCUCAAGAUAAAGGAACAAAACUUAUAACCUAAACGUUGACUCUUUCUGUGAUGGUUAUAUUUUUUGGUUCAUGUUUGUUGAAAGUAGUGUGUAAAUAGAGUGAGAGGUUUAGUGUCAGCUGUCUGUCUGUCAACAAUGAGAUGUUAAGUUAUUCUCUAGAUGGUCAUAUCAUACAGCAGUAGUCCUGAGGAAAUAUCUGGUAAUAAAACUCAUGAUGCAGAGUCUAUAGAA